AAUAUUCUUUCAUCUUUUAAAUAAAACCUUUAUCAUCUGUAUUCGGUAUUGCAUUUUCGUUUUCGCUUAAGAUUUAAUAAAUGGCAUAUCAAUUUUUUACUUUUAAUUUCAAGUCAAUUUCAACAUAUAAUUAGAAAAAAGUGUGCCCGUUGCCCUGAAAAAUGUCGGUUAAGAGACAGGCAACAACCGAGUUAAAUCAUGAAAAUUGGGACCAGGAUGAUCCUGCCGAACAAGAAGAGGAAACAGGUGGUUUUAAAAUGGCUUCUAAAGAAGUUCUUGAAAAACGUGUAAUACGGACCGCUAAAAGACGGUCACAGGCCACCGGUGAAGAGGCAAAAAAGAGUGUAUUUAGUGGAUUUAGUGGUUUUAAUAAAACACAACCAACAUCGUUUGAUUUUCUUGCCAAAUUAACCAAUGGAAACAAUGCUUCUAAUGUAUCACCCCAAAAGUCUGAUACUUUAGCAACAUCUAAUACAUUUAAUGCAACAUUAACAGGGGCAACAAAAACAAGUUCUCUGAGUAGUGGAAUAGGCAGUAUGACAAGAACGUCAACACCUUUAGCUAAAUCAGCUUUUGGAAAACCAAUGAAUGAGACAUCUUUAUUUGGAGUAGCCACAACCACAUCAGGAUUUGGACAGUCAGUGUUCACCGCUUCUAAACCUAGUACAGCAGCAAAUGAGAGUGCAUUUAAAAUGCAAUCUACACAAAGUGCAACUUUCAAUACAACAACUUCAAAACUAAAUACUAGUGCUGAAAAACCAGCUGCUCAGAUAUCUUCAAACAUAUUUGGAUCAUCAUCCACAAGUGCUAAUAAUACAAAAUCUCUUUUUACUUCCACAAAUACUAAUUCAACACCAUUUAAAACACAAUCAGUUUCAAAUUCAAAACCAAAUGAAGAAAAUAAGUCAACAAAUAAGUCUGAAACUCAAGAAGAUAAAAAGUUGAUAUAUUACAGUAAAUUAAAAGGUCUAAAUGAAAGUGUCUCAGCUUGGAUCAAAAAACAUGUUGAAGAAGGUCCUUUAUGUAUUUUAACACCUAUCUUUAAAGAUUAUGAGAAACAUUUAAAAGAAAUUCAAGGUGAAUAUGAAAAAAGCAAAAUUGAAAAUACAUCUGAUGAUAAACCAACAAAUGGUGAUAAGAAAACUACAUCACCAUGGGCUGGUAACACAAAUUCCUCAGUAUUUUCCACUUCAAAUGUAUUUUCAAAUAAUAAGAGCAGUACAUCAUCUCCAGACAAAAUAUCAAAUUCAACAACAAGCCUAAACACUUCCACCACCACUUCAACAAAUAACUUUACAACUACAAGUCCACCGAGUAGUGGAUUCUCAUUUGGAAUAAAAACCUCAUCUGCAAACACAUCACCAUUUGCUUUAAAUACAGCAACCACCACAGCAAAUGCUAAUGGAAGUACUCCCUUCUCAUUUGGUAUUGGAAAACCAUUCAGCUUUAAUUCAAAUAUUCAGAAAACUGAGGAACCAGCUAAACAAGCUGAUGAAAAUGAAGAUGAACCACCAAAAGUUGAAUACACACCUAUUGUAGAAGAAAAUAGUGUUUAUGAUAAAAAAUGUAAAGUAUUUGUAAAGAAAGAUGGAAAUUUUGUUGAUAAAGGUGUUGGCACACUGUAUGUUAAGAAAAUAGAAGACAGUGGUAAGCAUCAGUUGCUAGUACGAGCAAAUACGUCUUUAGGGAAUGUUUUACUGAAUUUGAUAUUAGGUUCAUCCAUACCUACACAGCGUAUGGGUAAAAACAAUGUCAUGAUGGUUUGUAUUCCUACUCCAGAUGCAAAACCCCCACCCACAUCUAUUCUUAUAAGAGUAAAAACAUCUGAAGAAGCAGAUGAACUAUUGGAAACAUUAAAUAAAUACAAAUCAUAAUUUUUUUUUUAAAUGCUACUGUAUAUUCUUUAAAAAUUAAAUUAAAAUUGAAGAUUCCAUAUUUUGUAAUUGAUUUUAAAUGUGCAAUUUGCAUAUCAGUUUUAAGCAAUUAAAUGUUUCAGUUUACAUUCCUUUUAAAUUAAUUUUAUAAUAAUCUUGUAGAUCAAAACAUGUAUGUAAACCUAAUGAUA